AGGUUCAUGUAUAUACGUACCGGAAGUCUACUGUCUGACUGUGUAGUCCGGUAGUCAUUUCCCAAUAUCUGAAUAUUAAGCUGAAAUGUAGUAUUUGCCCUUAUACCGGUACCGUACUGCUCUACAGUCUUAGGCCUACCGGCCUAUGCGGUAGUCUGUUAGUGUUCUCAGCAUGUCAUUCAAAUUUCGCUUAUUUUACAGUAUCCACAGUCCAGCAGACGGAGCCGAAAGGUGAGAAAAAAACAGGCUAGGACUGGGCAUUUCGGAAAAAACAUAGACUACCUAAUAUUCCAAUAUUGGAAAUUUUUGCAGAGCUGCAAAAGAAAUAACUAAUCUAUAGUCUACCAGUAUACGAAAAUAACAUACGGUAUACCAUAUCUCUGAUACCAAUAAAAUGAGUAGAAGAUCAAAUGUUUGGCAGCAUUUUUCACUACCUGUUCAAAGCAAUUCAGGAAAAUCAGAGACAGAAUGCAAAUGGUGCCAUGAGAAAUUUGCUUUUCACGGAACGACAAGUAAUUUGAGCAAUCAUAUGAAGAGAAAACAUCCUGGAAUAAAGUUGGAAGAAGAACAGCUGUCAAGAGGCACCAGUUCUUCAGCGAAGCAAACGAGGUUGGAGCAUUUCCGCCCUAUCUCUCAGGCUAGACAAGAAGAGAUAACAUGCUUAAUCACAGAAUUUGUGGUGGCGGAUAUGAGGCCUUUGUCAGUCGUUGAUGGAGUAGGCUUUAGGAACCUAUUGAAAAAUCUGCAGCCUUCAUAUGCAAUGCCAUCGAGGCAGACAAUUGCCAGAAGAGUAGAGACAAUGUUUGCUGGAAAAAAGCUUUUCUUGAAAAAAAAAGGCUGUCUGAUGUUUCUCAUGCAUCUUUUGAAGAACGCCCAAACAAUUGCACCAAAAACCUCCGACUGGGAGUUAUUUCGCCAGAUUAAACCUCUUCUGAAGCCAUUUGCAGAUGCCACCGAUAUACUUGGAGGACAAGGCUAUACAUCCCUGUCUUCCAAAUACCCUAUCAUAAAAGGGCUUAAAAAGCACCUCAUCAUUGACAGAGAUGAAGGCUGCUGGAUGAAAGAAUUCCGCAAGAAAGUCAAAGGUGCACUAGAGUUGGACUUGGCGAAAAUUCUCCAAAAACACAGUCCGACUCAUUCAGAAGCUGCGGCCCCAAGUAUACAAUCAUCACCACAGUUAUCACCUGUGGGAAAAAUUCUCAAGUUGGCCUUUGACAGCUCUGAAUCGGACUCCUCCACCGACACCGAUCCAGUUUCAAUGGGCGAUGAAAUUAACAAAUAUUUUUCUUUGAAAGUUGUGGCCGAUAAUAAAGAUCCCUUGAUUUGGUGGAAAGAGAAUGAGAACCUCUUCCCAAAUCUGGUGAAGCUUGUACAAGAAUAUUUGGGAAUACCAGCAACUUCAAUGCCGAGUGAAAGGGUGUUUUCUGUUGCUGGAAACACGGCUACGGAACUUAAAUCAAGCCUGACAGGUUUCCACGUAGAAGCUUUAGUAUUUCUGAAGGCUAAUAAAAAUUUAUGGAUUAGCAAAUAAUCCAAGUUACUGGUUUCAAAUGCUCCUCCAUGAACUAUUGACUCAAUUGGUGUAUUUUGCAAGAAAACUUUUUGUACCUGUCUGGUUUGACAGCCACAGUUCUUCGCUAACCUCUUGCAGCAAUUUUGUUGCCUGUUUGUUCGACAAAACAACCAGGCUAUUUUAUUUCUAACUAGUUUAAUACUGUGCCUCCCUUAAGCCUUUACUGUGCCUCACUAUUAUAUUUUUACAUUUCAUUGCAUAUGAAGCUUGUGAUUUUCAUGUUCCUGUUUCUUCUUAUUACUUAAAUAUGCAGGUAUUCUUUCACUGCCUUAUAGCUACUUGUUAAUUUUUCGUGUUAGUGAAGUUGGAAUAAAAUAUUCACAAGUUGCAUUCAGCCACAUAUUUCUGCUAGUGCAAUUUUUUAUGGGCUUUGCAUUUGGUUUCUUUUGGAAGCAUUUUUUGUAACCUGUCUGGUUUGACAGCAACAGUUCUUCACUAAUCUCUUGGCAAUUUUUUAUUAUUUCUAACUAGUUUCUAAAAUAGACACUUUGCCUCACGUUACUGUGCCUCACUAUUAUAUUUCACAUUUCAUUUGCACAUGAAGCUUGUGAUUUUCAUGUUCCUGUUUCUUCUUAUUACUUAAAUAUGCAGGUAUUCUUUCACUGCCCUACAGCCACUUGUUAAUUUUUCGUGUUAGUGAAGUUGGAAUAAAAUAUUCACAAAUUACAUUCUGCAACAUAUUUCUGCUAGUGAAAUUUUUCUUGCAUUUAUCAUGGGCUUUGCAUGCCAUAUUAAACUGAAUUCAUCUAAAUUAUAAUUGUGUGAUCUGUGAAGGAAGUAUGUGGGGUCUGUAUAAUACCGGUAUUUAAAAUAUUUUAGGCUUUUUUGACCAGUUUAUAGAGUAAUGAACGUGGAUUAUGCUUCUGGGAACACAGUUGUGCAAAAUUUUGUCACUAUUUCAUAUAUGAUUGCACAUACCUUAUCAUAACAUUGAGGGGAAAGUUUUUAUUGUACAAUUGAGACAGA